AGCGCAUGCUGAGCACGAGCGUGCAGUGGCAAAACAAAAGCUCACGAUUGGAAGGGUCAGGACGUGCCUGGAGGGCGCCUUCAUUGAGCAGAGGGCAGAUAUCAUGGGUACUGAAGAGCUGACUAACGAGCAGAAAGUCGCCUACUUUCAGGAGGUGACGGGCUUGGCCGAUCAGUCUCAGUGCAUACAAGCCCUCGAUGCGCACAGCUGGGAUCUCGACGCGGCUAUCGGCACCAUAUUAGCCAUCAGAGACAGGGACGAUGCCGGCCCCUCUCAUUUUGGGGGGAGUGACUUCCAGAGCGAUGGCGCGGGGCCGUCCUCUCGAGGAGGCCUCUACGAAGAUGAAGGGUAUGAUGCCAUGCAACGAAGCAUCCAGCCGGCGCAGGCGCCGGGCCUGCUCUGGCGGACACUUUCCAUUCCAGGGGCGGUGGCGAGGGGCGGUCUGGGGCUUGCGUUCGGCGCAAUUGGCCUGGGACUUUGGGCGGCGUCGGGGGUGCUGUCCACAGUAGGGAGUGCUGCGAGCUGGGCCCUGGGGGGGGAUGCGUCGAGGCAGGGUGCGGCGGAGACGGAGGCGCAGCGGUUUGUUCGGAACUUUGAGAAUGAAUAUGGGAUGGAGCACCCGGACUUCCAGGACCUUAGCUUCAUGCAGGCAGUGAAGCUGGCACAGGAGCAGUUCAAGUUUCUGCUGGUGUAUCUGCACUCUCCAGAGCAUGUCAACACCCCGAUCUUCUGCCGGCAGGUUUUGACUUCGGAGCCCGUGAUCCAGUACCUGAACGAAACGUUUGUCGUCUGGGGGGGAAGCGUGCGGUCACCAGAAGGCUUCGGCCUCAGCCUCAGUCUGAAAGCGUCCACCUUUCCGUACCUGGCAGUCGUUACGGGGUCGAGCAGCCAGCGCGUGGCUCUCUUGCACUGCAUCGAGGGCCCCACCCGCCCCGAGGCGCUGCUCGAGGCGCUCGCCAAAGUGGUGGACGAGCAGGGGGCCAUGCUCGUAGCGGCCCGCGCGGACGAGGAGGAGCGCACGCUCAACCGUCGGCUUCGAGAGGAGCAGGACGCGGCAUACCAGGCAUCCGUGCAAGCGGAUCGGGAGCGAGAGGAGGCCCGCCAGGCGGAAGAGGAGCGGAAACGGAAGGAAGCAGAGGAAGCGGAACGGGCGGCUCGAGAGGAGCGGGAGCGCAUCGAAGCGGAGGAAAACGCAGCACGGCAACGGGAGGCGGCGCUGGAGAGGCGGCGAGCCGAGAAGGCGGCGAUCCUGGCGGAGGAACCGGAGAACGGGCCGGAUGUGACGCAGGUACUGGUGCGGCUGCCCAACGGCGACCGCAUUGCGCGCCGUUUUGCGUGCGAGAGCCCCGUGCAAGCAGUGUACGAUUGGGUGGAUACCCUCAAGAGCAUGGAGCAUGCGCACUACAGUCUGCUGAUGAGCUACCCGAGGGAAGUAUACGGUCCAGAGAAGCGGCAAAUGAGCCUCAAAAGCUUGAAAUUGCAUCCGAGGGCCACACUGUUCGUGCAAGUCGAUGAAGAGUGACAGCGGGUUUUUUUGCUGGUAGCGAGCAAACGUGGAAAUAGACUUUGGGUGGUUUAUUCCGGCUAAUCUGGGACAGGGACACUGUCAGUAAGAGCAUGUGGUUGGAUAGAGGCUGCUCGUUCCGCUACCUUGCUUUUGAGGACCGGCCGAGACACAAGACCUCUGUUCUGGUGAUUCAUGUGAAGCUGAUACUGUGCCAAGUCUUUACAACAACUCGAGGAG